AUCUGUCUGCACAUAACCAAUCGACACGCCUAAAGAGCGCUGAUGUUUUCAACAGUAGUGCGUCACAGCUUAACAACAUAGUUGCCGAUCAGGAUACGAAAGGAGCACAUUUGCGCUGUAUAAUAACAAGAGUUUUCAUCAUGGUCAAAGUAUCUUUUAAUAAGGCGCUCGGACAAAAGGAUCCAAAAAAGGAAACUCUCAUUUCAAGUGUUCAGGAUCUGGAGGGGGCUGUGUUUGUGCGUCAGCAGUCUAAGGUGUGGUGCUGGUGCUUCUGUCUGGGAUUGGGUCUCGUGCUCUCAGGUGUACUGGUGGGCGGAGCUUACCUGUAUAGGUACUAUGUUCAUGAGGGUCGCGGGUACCUGGAGACUAUCCCUCUAUCUUUGGCCACAGACAGGGAUAUACCGGAGGGUGCGUUUUUCUGUGGGGUGGGAUACUAUGAGGAAAACUCUGAUGUGACAGAUGACAUUUAUGUGGAUCUACCGCUGAGGUAUAUUGAGGAGAACGUGAGCUUUCUGGAGAACGAUGAGGUGGAGCUCAUUAGAGUACCGGUGCCGGAGUUCAGAGAAAGCGAUGCGGCUGAUAUCGUGCAUGACUUUAAAAUGAGGUUGACUGCUUAUCUGGAUCUGGAUUUGGACAAGUGCUACAUCAUUACACUCAACUUGUCUAUCGUCAUGCCACCCAAGGACUUUCAAGAUUUUCUGAGAAAAAUCAACGCAGGAACAUAUCUUCCUCAGUCAUACCUGGUGCACGAAGAGAUGAUGAUUACAGAGAAGCUGGAAAGUACCAGUGAGUUGGGAUUUUCCAUCAAUAAACUGUGCAAAGACAAAGACAUGUACAGACUGCAGCGCAGAGACACAAUACUGGGCAUGCAGAAGCGCGAGGCCCUGAACUGCCGCAAGAUUCGCCACUUUGAAAACAAGUUUGUUGUGGAGACCAUGAUCUGUGAACCUUGAGGAAUUUUACUGAACAAAACAAGGGAAGAGAAAUACACACAGCAGCAGCUUUUCAACGCUUGUCUACUAUGCAGUCUAAAGCUUUUUGGUUGUUUCCUGCCUAUGGGUUUUCAUAAUUUUAUCUUCCUAUUCACACUUCAAUAUAAUACACUGUAUAAAAUCAAACAUGUGAAGAUUUCAUUUUUCAUACAUUUUCUGCACAAAAAGAUGUAAUGUUUGUUUAUGCAUUGUAAUGUGUCUGACACUGUUUUAUAAAUGUUAAAUCCAAAAUACAUUAACAAUUUAAUCAAUUCUGAAUAGAAAUCUUUUCUGAAUAUAAAUCAGAGUUAAGACUGGGUAAGUCAUUCAGACCUGUUGUAUUUCCACAAAGUUUUAAUUAGAUCGUUUUAUAUUUCUAAAUUAAAGUGUGUUCUACACUUGUAAAACAUCUCAUAUCGUUGCAUUUACUGUUCUUAUAUAAAUAUAAAUGCCUCAUUCAUUCUUCCAUUCAUUUUAAUAGCAAAUAGGUUUAUAAUCUAUCUGAACCAUUAUGUUGAAUUACUAAAUUCAUUACAGUUUAAGGAAUAUAUUUACAUUAAAGUGAAUUAUUAAUGUUAAUUCAAAUGGGAUCUGUUAGCUUCUCAUGUAAUUAAGCAUACAUACAGAACACUGUGUCAACACAAGAAAAAUGUGUGCAUAUGUAAGGAAUUUUUAACAUUGCUUUGUAUAUAUGAUCACCUGUCUUCAAAAAAGACCAGUCUGGCUGCAGUCAAUAUAAAGAUCAAAUAAAAAGCAAAAAUACA